AUGGAAGAAUCUGGCCAACUUCCGCGCAGAAAACCCCAGCACCCCGGCUGCCCGCCGCACCGCGCGCCCGCCUGCCCGCAGCUCACACCCCCUGCUCCUGCCCUUGACCACAAACGCGGCGGGGCCGGGCCAGGCCGGAGCCGGCCGGGCGGCGCCGGCAGCAGGGCGGCCAGGCGGCCCAGGGAGGCCCGACUCCUCGCGGACCCGCGCGCGCCCGGGUUCCCCUCGCCGCGUGUCCUUCGGCCGGGCCGCGAGGUCAGGCUAGCUCUCCCUCGCCGGCCCUCCGCGCCCGGGGCCCUCGGCCUCCUGCCGGCCCCCGCCGUUCCCGGUCCGCGUGCGUACCUGCGCGGGGCCUCCCUCCCCGUCUCCGCGCGCGGGAGACGCGGGUACCGGCGGCCCGCGGCCCGGGGCAGGGGCGCGCCCCCCCCCGGCGCCCGCCCGCCGGUGUCUCCGCUGCGGCGCAGCCCGGGCGCGCGCGGGCCCGGCCGCCACCGCCUCGCCCUCCCCGGCUCCCGCCCCCUCCCCGGCCCGGCCCGGAGCCGCUGCGGAGGCGCACGUACCUGCUCGCGCAGCGCGGGGCUCUACGGCUGCGGCCGCUGGGGGCUCCGAGGAGGGAGGGGCAGGGGCGGGGGCCGGGGAGCUCCGAGCGCCGCCGAUCGAGCUCCGCCCGCGGCAGGCGAGGGCGCCGGGAGAGUUAGCGCGGGGAGGGACCGGGAGGCGGGGCCCAGAUUAAGGUGGAAUCAGGGGAGGUGCCCGGAGCGCAAAAGUGAAGGUGACACUCCAUCUCUAGAGGCCCAGGACCAGCACCGAGAGGAGUUCUGUCCGAAGAUCAUGGGGUUUCCACGAAGACUUGGAGGCCAGCUCACUUGCAUGUCCUCAGCUAAGUCAUCUCACCUUUGUGAGCCUCAGCGUUCACCUCUGUCGGGUGGCAAGAUGAUUACUGUAGCUCCAGGCAUCAUGUCCACGUUCCAGGCCAAAGGAAGGAGAAGAAAGUUGGAGUUUAGGGGGAGCUUCAUUGACAUUUUUCCUUUUAUCAGGAAGGAGAGACUGUACAAAUCAAAGGUCCCUCGGGCCCAUCAGCAGGUCAGUGUCAACAUUCCCUCCAAGGACGCUGCGAUGAAAACAGAAGAGCCAACCCCAAGUCUUGGGCAGACCCUGGAGUGGCUGCGAAAGGAGCUGGCUGAGAUGCAAGUUCAAGACCAGAGACUCCUGCUCACAUUGAGGCAUCUUCACAGUGUCCUGCAGGAGCUGCGCACUGAGAGUGCCCCCUGGGAGGACGCCAGGUCCAGCGGAGGGACGUCCCCGAUCAGAGCUCGAGCAGGCUCGGAAAGCAGGGGCCGCCCCCCCAUCUCCUCCCAGGGGCUCGCCCAGCUCCUCCAAGGGACAGAAAGCAGACGAAGCUCCCUCCCUUAA